CUUCUCUUUAGACAUGUUUUCCAAAUUAUGUGUUCCAAAGUAGAAUCCGUCGGCGGAAAAAAGUCAGCACAAGAGCAUAUCAAAACUUUAGGGUACCGAUUUAUCGCCCGCCUGGGUGAGGGGACAUUUUCCAAGGUCUACCUAACGGAGUACGCAUCCAAAGAUUCGGCUGGUGUAGAAAAGCUGGCAUGCAAAUUGAUCGACACCACAUCUUGCAGUUCAAAGUUCAAAAAGAAGUUUCUACCGAGGGAGCUAGCAGUCCUGCUGAGGAUCCGUCACCCGCACAUCAUUCGAGUGCACACGAUACUGAAAUGUCACUCGAAGAUAUUCAUCUUCAUGCGCUAUGCCGAGAUGGGCGACUUGCUGACGUUCAUCUUGGCCCGCGGACCGAUAGGGGAAAAUCAAUCGCGAAUUUGGGGACGACAGGUGGCGUUGGCUUUACAGUAUCUGCACGAGCUUGGGAUCGCUCACCGGGAUAUGAAGUGUGAAAACAUCUUGAUCACCACGAACUUCAACGCAAAACUGAGCGAUUUCGGAUUUGCGCGGCACGUUAUGAAGGAUGGCUUGGCCGAGCUGAGCCGUACGUAUUGCGGAUCGUUUGAUUAUGCGGCUCCGGAGAUUCUGAAGGGACAACCGUACGAAGCCAGGGCUUCAGACAUGUGGGCUUACGGGGUGCUGUUGUACGUGAUGUUGAAUAAGUCGAUGCCGUUCAAAGGUCGCACCAAGGUGGUCUACGAUGCGCAGAUGUCCCGGAAUUGGCAGUUUCGGUCGAAAGUUCGCAGCAAGCUCUCCGAUCAGGUCAGAUCGUUGAUCGCGAAUCUGCUGGAACCGAAUCCGAUCAUUCGGUGGACGGUGGAGGAAGCAUUGAUCGGCGAUUGGUUUACGGAGGUGCCAAAGCUGAGAAGCCUUCGGCCGGAUGAGUUUGCUGCUCUGGCGGAAGCCCAAGCCUGUACCACAGAUUCGAAGGAUGUGCUGCUGGUGAAGUCUAAGCUGAAUGUGUCCGGAAGCGAUGUGAUUACCACUAUCAAGGGUGUUGAUAAGCUUGGCUCGAUGAAAACGUCUAGCAUUGGGUUGCUUCAGGAUGAAUCGAGUGAACUGAUCGAAAGCAAAGAGUAGGGAAGGUUUGGAUGGCUAGGAAAAAAAAGUAAUCCUAAAAUCCGGUGUGACUUUUUAAAGCCUUCAAAUUUUUAGUCAGCUAAAACUGUAAAAGCAUACAUCGCAAAACAAGGCCAGGAAUAAUGUUAAAGGAAGUCUUUCGCGAAGUGCCUCCCACCACCGUGAUAAGUACGUGACACACAAAAGCUCAUUUUUAACAAGCUUGUCAUAAUAGAGAACAUACAACUUCACGUAUUUUCCUUACGAUCCGGCUCUCUUCCGUCAAG